AUGUGUUUGUUAAAAAGUCAAGCAUCACCUGCUCAGGAAGGGACUGAUAAAGGCUCUCAAGAACAGCAGAUUGGAACAAAUUCACUGAAAGUGAAGAAUGAAUGUGCCUCAACCAAGACUCAAGAUGCUAUGCAGAGUUCACAUGAAACUAGUCCAGUGUCUGCAGAUAUCUCCGCAAUUGAAACCAAAGCAGGAGAAACAGAUCAUGACAUACCCUAUUUCAGAAAUGUUCUUGCCUCUGAGACUGAGAGGCUGAUGUCCCACUGUCUCCAGUGGAAUGUAAAGUUUGAACUGGACAUACCAGAGGAUGCAAAAGAUCUCAUUCGGACAACAGUUGGUCAAACAAGACUGCUCAUAGCAGAGAGGUUUAAACAGUUUGAAGGACUGGUGGAUAACUGUGAAUUUAAACGGGGUGAUAAGGAGACGACAUGCACAGAUCUGGAUGGAUUUUGGGAUAUGGUUAGUUUUCAGGUAGAAGAUGUGAAUAAAAAAUUUGAUAACCUGAGUAAACUUCAAGAGAAUGGUUGGCAGCCAGUUAACAGCCCAAGCAAAAGAGCCAUCAAG